AUGGCGACACGCUGCAGCACCAUGCCUAUUCAUAAACCGAAGGCCGCACCACUACCACAACUGGAUUUAACCCCCUCCUCCCUGCAUCUUCUGAAGAGGGCCCAGCUGCAGCAGUACUGCAAGCGGCUAGGAUUAGGUGGGGGAGGAAAGGUGCGGGGGCUCAUCCUAGGUCCAUUUCGCAAUCCGAGAUAUUUGUAAGUUCUGUGGAUGGAGUUUAUAAUGUAAAAUAACUUUGUCUUUUCCUCCUACUGCGCAGAAUUCUGAACUACUUCAACGGCUCCAGGAUCAUCUUAAGCAGACCGGAUUAACUGUUCAGGUGAAUAUCACAGAGCUCCACAGCAAUAAAACUCACAGUAAUGUGCAGUGAGUACAUACCUCCCACUUCUGCAAGGUACGGAAAUGGGCAUGGAGGGGUGUGCCAGUGACACCACUUGCACUGGAGAAGCGGCAUGUCAACCUUGCAUGAGCCUCGAAAGGCUGAUGACUGGCCCUACUAAUAAUAAUGCGAUUGUCUGGGGCCAGUUAUCUGGUGUCCUUGGAUGUGGGACACCGGGGAACAAAAUCAGACAGUGCUGCCUGUGUGUGUCACAGAGCUCCAAAGCAAUAAAACUCCCAAUAAUGUGCUGAGUCUGUAAACAAAGCUCCUAGGCAAUAAAGUCACUAAUAUAUUUGCUGCAAGGUAAGCGUGUGUGUUAACUCAAUUCACUAGUGUUAUGGUGGCCUGUUGGCAUGAGAGACUAUAGGGGUUUGUUUUUGUGUUUUUUAACCAUAUCUGCUUAAUUAUUUUUGUAUUAAAAGGUGUCUCCCAGAGCCGCUUCCCAAGAAAAGAGUGGACGUCUCCCUGCUAAGGAGAAAACAGGUAACUAAGCAGAACCGGAGGUUCACGUUAAACAUGGGGGUAAGUGCAAAGUGCCCAACGUGGCUGUCAGUGGAGCUAGUGCACAGAAUACGCAGUGGCCCAACAUGAAACCUCUCACUGAUAUUACGAGAUAUCCUGUCAGCCAGGUCUAUGGGACAAGGUUAACGCUGGUUACUUGUUGUCAUUCAUUUCCCCUAAAAUUAUCUGGAACAUUACAAGUCUUUUCAUCUGUAACUGCAGGUUUAUCUCUGUCUUAAAGUGGCCAAUCCCUCCAUUACAGCCCACAGCCCCGUAUCUCGGUUUAGAGAGUGGCCAAUCCCUCCGUUACAGCCCACGGCCCCGUAUCUCUGUCAUGGGGCGGCCAAUCCCUCCAUUACAGCCUAUGGCCCCGUAUCUCUGUCAUGGGGCGGCCAAUCCCUCCAUUACAGCCUACGGCCCCGUAUCUUGGAUAGAGAGUGGCCAAUCCCUCCGUCACGGCCCUGUAUCUUGGUCAAAGAGUGGCCAAUCCCUCCGUUACGGCCCCGUAUCUCAGUCAUGGAGCAGCCAAUCCCUCCCUUGCAGCCACGGCCCCGUAUCUUGGUCAGAGAGCGGCCAAUCCCUCCGUUAAGGCCCUGUAUCUCGGUCAGAGAGUGGCCAAUCCCUCCCUUGCAGCCAGGGCCCCGUAUCUUGGUCAUAGAGCGGCCAAUGCCUGGGUCAUUGAUGACAGUCCUAUAGUUAACUAUUUUAGUCUCUCCAGCACUAAAUGGGUUAAAGGAUCCCUCCAGUCAUGGUGCAGAGAUUAGGUUUUAUUUUGGGGUGCAUUAUGUGCUUCUCCUUGGCAGCCUAUCUGUUACUCCUUCUCCUCUGCCAUUGGUGAUGUCACAGCUGGUGAGCUCACAGCAGUUGCCGUGGUAACCCAGUGAUGUCGCUGCAGAUGCUGCGUGUGCAGGGUCUAUUUUUAGGGUUGGAGCAGAGGAUGCACUGAUAUGAAUAUAUCUUUUCACACAUGCAGUCGGUGCUGCUGUAAGAGACGCUGCAUGGUCUCCAUGCUGCAAUUCUGCCUUCUAUGAGCAUCUUCUAGUGACCCGUAUUAGCCGGCCUCGUUCUCUGAUCAGCUGGAUCUAGAUUUAUAGAAAUGAGAAGUCCAUACUGCCCGCUGCUGGGAGGCCCCUAACCCUUUCACUAGUCUGGGUGGUGUUGCCCCCUUUGCUGGGGCUGACAGGGGGUGGGGUGCCACUUUCACAGAGUGCUCGGUUUAAUACUACUUACAGAGCCUGUCAGCAAGAGACAUUGUGUAAAUGUUACAAGGAGCGGACAUGGUGCUUUGCGCUCUAUUCACCUUGGCUUCUGUUUAUCUGCCUCUAUGUGCUGACCUUGGACACACCAUAUUCUGUCUAACUUGGUGUGAGGUAGACAGUACUCGCUGGGUCUGUGAUCUGAUGGAUGCUGAGUUUUUAUAUGUCAAACCCCCUCUCCCCCCACCAUCUAGUAAUGUCCUUCUCCCUGUCACAUACCUCCCAAUAUUUCAAAUGCAUUUUAGGGGUGUUAUAAAACUUAAAACAAGAACAAUGUAUCUUAUUUACACAGACCAUUUUCUAGACACAUUACUGGGAGUAUUAUUACUAUGGAGCUCUGUUAUACACACAGACACAUUACUGGGAGUAUUAUUACUGUGGAGCUCUGUUAUACACACAGACACAUUACUGGGAGUAUUAUUACUGUGGAGCUCUGUUAUACACACAGACACAUUACUGGGAGUAUUAUUGCUGUGGAGCUCUGUUAUACACUCAGACACAUUACUGGGAAUAUUAUUGCUGCGGAGCUCUGUUAUACACUCAGACACAUUACUGGGAAUAUUAUUGCUGUGGAGCUCUGUUAUACACUCAGACACAUUACUAGGAGUAUUAUUGCUGUGGAGCUCUGUUAUACACCCAGACACAUUACUGGGAGUAUUAUUACUGUGGAGCUCUGUUAUACACUCAGACACAUUACUGGGAGUAUUAUUGCUGUGGAGCUCUGUUAUACACUGAGACACAUUACUUGGAGUAUUAUUGCUGUGGAGCUCUGUUACACACUCAGACACUCCAAGAAUAUGGAGCUCCUAGAAAAGAGACAUUAGGAUAGAACAGAGGGGGUUUCGGCCAAAAAUAGGGUCUGUCCCUCCUAAAUAGGGACACUCGGGGGUUCAUAAACAUCACAUACCAACUAAAUGGCAUUCGCUGCUAGACUCACGUACAGCACAGAAAUUACAUAUUGGGAUAAAAAGGGUUAAAGAGAAGUGAGGCCCUGUCUGUCAGGCCCCCCGAGGAAGAGUGAGGCUGUCUGAUGGUUAAUGUGGACUGUGUAUUGUCUGAUAAAACAUAUAGACUGUUUUAUUCAGAAUUUGAUCGCAUUCAAUAUCUGGUUUGUUCUGUAGGGCUCCCCCUGCAGGCUGCUGGUGUAAUGCGUCAUAAGAACAAAAAUUAGAAAAAUAUAAACUCUGGUCUCGCUGUAAUAUUUUGGAUAAUCUUUUGAAAUGAUUUAUCCACAAACAUUCUCAUAGACUUUAAUGGUGACCUGUAGAUAAAUCAUUCUGAAAGGUUUCUCUAACAUACUGGGAUUAUUGCAAAGCUUAUCCAAAAAUAUUAAAUGGAGGCCAAUGUUUCCUGCAGCCUGUCUAUGGUUUAUCUGGCACGCAAACCGCGCCGGGGUGAGCCCUUAAUGGGCCAUAGAUUAACAAUACGAUAAACCUGGCUACUGUGUAAUGAACAUCCACCUGUAAUUAGGGUAUUUGUUGGGGUGUUUUUUAUUUGUAUAAAAAUGAGUUUCUGUUAACUUCUAUCACAGCUUUGUCACUAUACGGAACUCGUGUAUGUGGAGGCAGCUGUGCUGGGUCUGCCAUUUCCUGAAUAAAGCGAGACAAUGGUGGCCUAGAUGUGGACUUAACUGCCUGAGUGUUGAGGCCACCUUUCCUUUUGGAUUGAAGGCAGACGUUUUAACAUAUUUGCAUGUGUGUGGAUCCACCAGGAACCGGCUGUAUGAUGUGUAUGGAUCCACCAGGAACCGGCUGUGUGAUGUGUGUGGAUCCACCAGGAACCGGCUGUGUGAUGUGUGUGGAUCCACCAGGAACCGGCUGUGUGAUGUGUGUGGAUCCACCAGGAACCGGCUGUGUGAUGUGUGUGGAUCCACCAGGAACCGGCUGUGUGAUGUGUGUGGAUCCACCAGGAACCGGCUGUGUGAUGUGUGUGGAUCCACCAGGAACCGGCUGUGUGAUGUGUGUGGAUCCACCAGGAACCGGCUGUGUGAUGUGUAUGGAUCCACCAGGAACCGGCUGUGUGAUGUGUAUGGGUCCACCAGGAACCGGCUGUGUGAUGUGUAAGGGUCCACCAGGAACCGGCUGUGUGAUGUGUAUGGGUCCACCAGGAACCGGCUGUGUGAUGUGUAUGGGUCCACCAGGAACCGGCUGUGUGAUGUGUAUGGGUCCACCAGGAACCGGCUGUGUGAUGUGUAUGGGUCCACCAGGAUUCGGCUGUGUGAUGUGUGACAUACAAAUACAAUAUGUGCACCGAUCCUACCAGUUGUAGUUGUGUUUUUUUGUUUUUGUUUUUUUUCUACGCCAAAAAUAACCCAAGACAUUUGUAAUUUAAAUAGCUGAAUUGUUUAUUUAAUGUUGAUAUUCUCAGAUUAAUGUGGUGUGAUACGUUGUCUUGCAGAGCGCCAGUGGUGGUGUGUAGUACAUGGACAGCAAUUCACUUCGUCUACCGGGAUAAAACUGUCUCCCUGCCGUGGUCGUCUUGGUGUGACCAUCGGAGGCUCAUUUGUCCCCCUGCACCUGACACCCUCAUCUUUACCCGUUCCCCAUGGCUUUGAGGAUAAUAUUAUUUGUGGGGAAUGCCUGGAGAGGUCAGAGCCUUCAUCUUUUUAUUUUAUUAUUUUGUACCAGCUUGGUUAUUUGCUAAACUGGGAACAACUUGGAAAUUACAAAAUGGAGGCCAAAAUAACUGAGCAGGAAUAGGUUUUAAUGGCCUAGUGAAAAUUCAUAUUACAUUGUUUCAGCAGGUCAGAGACACCUAAAAAGGUAGUUUCCUCAGAUGUUUGGAAACUACAAUUCCCAUGAUGCUUAGCUAGCAUUUAAUAUGCGGAUCUGGGAUCUACCUCCUGGGCAUCUCACUGCAGGUACUGGAAAACUACACUUGCCUUGAUGCAUGGACAUUUCUGCUUUGAGGCAGUGCUGUAUGAAAUUACAACUUUAUUUUAAGCAUAGUAACAUAUAAUAAUAUAUUCCUAAUAAAAUAAUUUCUGAAUAAACAUUGCUUUCUUCCUGAUGUGUAUAUGAGACUCAAUCCUCUCUAUUUUCCUCUUUUAUCAGGAAUAAGGAAAAGGAAUCUCGUCUGCUGCAAGAGUCGACCAAUCAAGGUACUAAUCCGAGGCUGUCUGUUACGGGCAGGAAAUGUAAAUUAAUGGCAGAUUAUGGAAAUGAAGCCUAGAAGGCCGUCCCCAGAAUAGAAGCAAUUGGGAUGUUAGGACUUCUUUCGCAUGUAAUCAAUAAAUACUGUUUCAGGAAUGUAGAGGCUGCAUUAUCUGGGUCCGUACUUUAUAUUUCAGGAUUGGGGUGUUAAUGUCAUACUUUAUCUUGCAGAGCGCCAGUGUUGGUGUGUCGUCCAUGGGCAUCUAUUAACCACAUCGAAAUGGAUUCAACUGUCCCUCCGCUGCGGCCAUGUUGGUAUGGCCACUGAUGACACGUUUGUACCGCUGCAUUUGACACCUUCAUCUUUACCUGUUCCCCCCAACUUCGAAGAUAAUAGAAUCUGCGGGGAGUGCCUGGAAAGGUCAGACAAACCUCUGUUUAAUCCUAGACAUUAGACCUUUCCACAAUACCUGGAAUUCACUUGGCUCGACCUGGUCAGGCUAGUGAUAACUUUGACCAUUUGGUUGGGGUGGUGACCUCCUAUCAUUGUGCCCCGUUCUAAAUCCUGGAGCUCACCAAUAUGAGCCAUUCUACUGCUAAUGAGUCUAAGGAGCUUGCACGGACGUGUGGAUGAAAUGGCCAAAUCAACUUCUCAGAACGGUUGCCCAUCUUUUGGCCACGUACACACUUCUGCAGUAUAAACUUAAAACCUGUUUCCCUUUUAAUAUUCUCUGUAAUAUUCAGAAUGUGUUAUGUCCAUGGCAUUUCAUGAGACUGAAUCUAGUUUUCAUAGUGUUCAUUUUAUAUCAGAAUGUUGGUUUUAAAAAAAAAAACAAAACACUAGGCCAGGCAUCUCUGUGUGCACCCCUGCCCCCCCCUCCUCCCCCCCCACCAGGUUUUGCCAAACUACAAAUGCCAUCUAUUGCACUCAAAUAAUUCUGGAAGUUGAAGCCAUUAACAUGGGGGUUAUCUGUCUCUAAAUCGGUGAUUACGUAGAAUUGACCAUGAAGUUGCAAGUGUUGAGUCAAAAUACCAGAGUUUGCAAGAUAAGAGUUGGUGACUUUUUCCUGCUCUGUUAAAUGAAUGCUUUAGCCUUUGGGUCUUUAAGAUUCGCAUAUUCUUAUAUUUUGUGACCCUGCUGCAGUCACACCCAGAAUUGGUAAAUCCUUAAUGAGUAAUCAUUGCCUUUACACUACCGCAGUAUAUACUGAGAUUGUAUGUUAGUUGGGGACCUCAACCCUUUGUAUCUUGUAUUUUACGCAGGAACAACGAGAAGGAAUCUCGUCUGGGAAAAGAGUCCGUCAAUCAAGGUACUGACCCAGACAUGUCUUAUUAUAUAAACGUAAAGCAAAUCUCGCAACAGCUAAGAGUGCCCCCUGCUGGCCACAUGAAAAGAAUUCAGAGCUGAACUGCAAAAAUAGUAGAAUGCCAAGUAUCUACUCACCCACUGUAUAUGGAAAACUUUUAUAUAAUGUAGGUCAUUUAUAAAUGUGUUUUCUAACACUUUGAGUCUUUUUCAGAUGAGAAUUGCCCACCUACCACACAUGGUAAAACCUCCUCUGUUAGGUAAGUAGUUAUCUGUGGCCCACACGGUAAGUGCCCCUUUCAUCUUGGAUUAAGCUGUCCUGGUGGCUGUCAUGAUAUACGUCUGUCUUCCUUUUUGCAGUAUUUGCCGAAAUCGAAAUAAAUCUGGCAAAUUCCAGCCUAGAGAAGAUCCAGCCUAUGCUCGGAAGGUAAGGCCAACCACAGGUUCAUUUUACAGCUGGGAUUUGGGAAUAGACUUUUUUUUUUUUUUUUCUCCAUCUAAAAUGUAAAUCCCCAAGCAGCUGUGUUGAGAUAUAGAAAAUUAUAUGAUCUAUUUAAUAAUUACAUGACGUCUGGGCCUGAAAGUAACCGUGAUUGUCGGAAGAUAUGUUAUCUCCAAAUAUUGUGGUAUUUCAGAUGGGGUAUCUAAGGGCAGAUAGGAUUCAACUGUUGGAUAUUUCAGAUGCAGCUGGUAGAGUUGGAAUAUGUGUAGUUUGUCUUCUUGGAGUUGGAGAAAGACACAAAAGCAGCCUCUACUUUGGAGGAGGAGAAAAAGAACAAUGUGUCUGCCCUUUGUGGAAGGAUGAUUGAAUGUUGGUAUAGCUAAAAUUGGAUAUUAGGGGGAAAAACAUAUAUGCCCAUACUUGGUGUGAUGGGGGAGGACAUCCCGUAGGACCCAAUGCUUGGUGUGAUGGGGGAGGACAUCCCGUAGGACCCAAUGCUUGGUGUGAUGGGGGAGGACAUCCCGUAGGCCCCAGUGCUUGGUGUGAUGGGGGAGGACAUCCCGUAGGCCCCAGUGCUUGGUGUGAUGGGGGAGGACAUCCCCUAGGCCCCAAUGCUUGGUGUGAUGGGGGAGGACAUCCCCUAGGCCCCAGUGCUUGGUGUGAUGGGGGAGGACAUCCCCUAGGCCCCAGUGCUUGGUGUGAUGGGGGAGGACAUCCCCUAGGCCCCAGUGCUUGGUGUGAUGGGGGAGGACAUCCCCUAGGCCCCAGUGCUUGGUGUGAUGGGGGAGGACAUCCCGUAGGCCCCAGUGCUUGGUGUGAUGGGGGAGGACAUCCCGUAGGACCCAAUGCUUGGUGUGAUGGGGGAGGACAUCCCGUAGGACCCAAUGCUUGGUGUGAUGGGGGAGGACAUCCCGUAGGCCCCAGUGCUUGGUGUGAUGGGGGAGGACAUCCCGUAGGCCCCAGUGCUUGGUGUGAUGGGGGAGGACAUCCCCUAGGCCCCAAUGCUUGGUGUGAUGGGGGAGGACAUCCCCUAGGCCCCAGUGCUUGGUGUGAUGGGGGAGGACAUCCCCUAGGCCCCAGUGCUUGGUGUGAUGGGGGAGGACAUCCCCUAGGCCCCAGUGCUUGGUGUGAUGGGGGAGGACAUCCCCUAGGCCCCAGUGCUUGGUGUGAUGGGGGAGGACAUCCCGUAGGCCCCAGUGCUUGGUGUGAUGGGGGAGGACAUCCCCUAGGCCCCAGUGCUUGGUGUGAUGGGGGAGGACAUCCCCUAGGCCCCAGUGCUUGGUGUGAUGGGGGAGGACAACCCGUAGUGUCCGGUCCACUGGAUAUUACUUUGUUUACAGUGACUAUUGGUGACGUAAUUAGAGCACAUUGAUUUUGAUUAUACAGAAAGAGAGCAGCAUUGACUGCUUGUGACUUGCUGUCUUGAGUGACCAAAUGCUCUUUGUGCCCCUUGUAGGUGGAUGAAAUUCUUGGCCAGCUUGCCAAAGGACAGGUGGAUUCUGAGCAGGUGCUGCAGCCCAAAUGUCCAGCCGUUAUUCACUCACCAGUUGCGAAGCAAGAAUGUAGCCCCCUAUCCAUCAACCAGCGCCACUUUGCCAAUUCCCAUUAG